AUGUAUCGUAUCAUCCUCCUUCUCUCUGUCUUCACUAUAAUACGAGCAGAACAUGAGUUUUGUGACGGGUUUAAAACCGAUUUCGAUAUAAAGAAGGCUAUAGGCCCGUGGCACGUGGUCGCUGUUAUACCGGACACGAAUUUCUCUAGAAAACUCGAUACUAAUUUCUCGUGCUAUCAAGUGGAUUUUAGUGAAGUUGAUGAGGCUGGCCUAAAAUGGAUGAUAAAGGAACGUUUCGGCAAACGAUUUGAUGACAUAAUCGAUAAGGUCCCAGGGGAGGUGAUCCGCCUUCGGUACCAUACAGACGAACCUUUUGACAUCUGGUCCAAGGCGGUGCCUGGUGUGACAGGAUGCUAUAAACAGUUGCUUGAUUUAAGUAGCAAUGAGAAAGAUAUAAAUCAAUCAAAAACUUUAGAUUCACCGACGCUUUUGCAUCUACUAGAGACAGAUUAUGGAGUAUUUCUGUUACAAGUCCUUUGGGGAAGAAUAUCAGCCAUAAUAUAUAAAAGAGACUUGGACGUGCAAAUAGAGCAACUUCGACCUGCAUAUGAAUUCCUCUCGAUGUACAGAAAAAAUCUGGUCGAACCGAAGCUUUGUAAUUUAGACUUAUUGACUCCAACAAGUCCAAAACAAGAGACUAACUACACUAUGCUUACAAAAAUAUUACAUUAAUACAAAAUGUUUAUAAUUUUUUAUUGGGUUUGUAAUUCUUUAAUAUUCAUUAAAUAAAUGACCAAUAUU